CCCCAUUUCUCUAUCGUUCCAGGGCAUCGACGAGAGCAACCCGCUGACGGUGACGACGAUCAAGUCCGAACCGCUCGGUGACAUUCCACUGAAGAAACCAAAGCUACUGAACGAUGCCGGCGGCAUGGCAGCGUACCACACCAGCAGCAGCCGGCAGCAGCAAAUCAGUUCCGCAUUUCGGCCGUGGACCCAGCGGGCACAGAUGUACGCCGCGCAGCACCAGCUUCUGAUGCAGCAGGUCGCCAUGGUGGGGUUCAACGUGGGCGCCAACGGGAUGAUUAAUGGAGGUGGCAAUGGGGUGAUCGGGGGAGGUGGGUCACCCGGAGGAAUCCUGGCACUCAGCCAGGAACCCCCGGAACUGCAGAAUCCGGAGAGCGUGGUUCGGUUAUCGGAGAGCGACAAGUUUGACCGGAGUUUACAGCCGAACGUGGCGCUGGCACCCCGCAAAACGAUACUCUGUAAGGAACGGGAAAGGGAACGAGAGCGGGAGCGGGAUCGGGAGAAGGAACGAUCGGUUAUUAAGUGUGAUGUACAAAUUAAGCAGGAGAGUCCACCGACGCCACCAGCGGAUGUGAUUCCAAGGUCGGUGAUAAAAAUCAAACAGGAACGACCCUCGACGCCACCAACGGAGAUGUCCCCUGGCCUCAGGGUACCUUCUUCGCCGAGGUCACCUCCGUUGCCUUUGGUAGGGACUCCCCUGAUCGGAAGUGGUCCAAUCAAGUCCGUUCCAUUGCCAUAUAGUCCGGGAGCGGACAUGCACCACUCCGGAUCAAACGAAAUCACUUCAUCCACCUCACCUGUACCUCCCGCGGUCAAUAUGACCAUCAUGAACGGUUGCAUCUCAGAGAAACCAAAGCUACUGGUCAAAGAGCAGAUAAGACCUCCGUCGCCUAGGAGGACGCCCACUCUUAGCGAAGAUAUGCUACACCACCAUCGAUCUCAUCCACCUCCCGCUGUUAUACUGAAAAAUGGUGGUGGAAUCUCAGUUGGUGGCCCGCCGGGUGCACCCAUUGUGGGCAAUCCGGAGUUCGAACUGUCUACGGAUACCGAUGAUGACAGCUUAGCUGGGGAACCCGAUAGCAGCAAUAUCUCAAUGGCCCCACUGGAAAUCAUCGCAGAUGUAAUGAAAGACAUCGCGCCUGAAACCCGGGAACAGCUCAUGAGCAUUUUCAAGCUGCUUAUCCAAGAAACGGCACAAAUCCGAAAUCGAUUACUGCAGGACAACAAGCAAAAGGAUGACUUGAUAGCGAGGUUGCAUGGGGAAAAGGAAAGCUUGCAACAUCAAGUGCACCACCUGCAGCAACAGCUGAACCGAUCUCUCAUCAAAAUUGCCACCUCGGAGUCCUUGCAGAUCCAGCACCAGCAGGACCUGGCCAGUGUGAAUGCGGUACCUAGCGGAUCCGCCCCUUCGUCAACACCACCCUCACCUCUCUCGUUAGCUUCCAACGGCAGCAGCAGCCAAAUCGUGAUCGAGAAGAUCGAACGGCGGAACAGUUUUCCGCAGAAGUCCGACGUCAUCAUGAAGCCGCUGAAGAAAUGCCUGCGCCGAAGUCCCGACGACGAUUCGGUGCUACAAAUGUUACAAUCACCCCCUCCUCCACCGCCACCACCUCCAUCGACGGCCAUUCCAGGCGCCGCCAGUCUGUCAAUUAGUGCAAACCCCAGUCUGAAGCGGGAUCCAUCGCUACCGGAAGACGAGGAAGAUGAUGAUGUUGAUGACAAAUCGCCGGAAGAUUCUCCGUCACUGGUCAACGGUGGCGCAGGAAGCUGCGGAGUGAUAGCGUCGCCCUCGCCACCACGACCCCCAUCCCGGCCAGCGUCUGCAGCUUCGACGGCAUCGAAUGGCUCCUCCACCAGCUCACCACCCCCGCCCCCGGUCAGCUUAGUGCCGGUGCUGGAAAACGGUUCUACCAGACCCGCGUCCGGCGCGAGCCAGGAGAUCAUCAAAAGUGCUAAUAACUGAUAGUUCAUCAUCUACCUUUGAUAAGAAAAGGGCCAAUUCAACAAACGUACAGGAGAUUCGGAGAGCACCGAACUCGCUCUCUUGCGUUUCGCGACCCCUCGUCAGACGGCAGACCCGCCGUCUUCCCGGACACGCAGGCGGAUGUUCCAGGAGAGACGCACUGGCGGCGCACUUGACGACGACGACGGUCCGGGAAACGCAUCCCCAAACCAGUUCGAUCCGUACUCAAAACCCCCAAUUUUUGUUUGUAAGGUUUGAUCGCCCCCUCCAAGGGGCUCCGCGAUCGCACUCGUGCAUUGUGUAAAGUAGAAAUUUUUAAGCUUCAUUGUCGAUAUUUUUCCCACCAAAUAAUUUCUGUUUUGUUUAUUUUUUUAGGGGCGAAACAACAAAAGAAACCUUUAUAAGCUAUACGUAGAUUGUAAGGCCAUACCCGCGUACCGUGUAGUAAGCCAAGAAGCAAAGAAGAAAACAACAAAAACAAACAAAGCAAAACAAGCAAACAAAACUGAUACAAAUUUGAAAAAGCAAACGCAAAAAAGGAGUAAGAAAAAGAACAAAAAGUUUACAACUUUCUUAUUCGCAUGAAUAACAACAAAAUCGAUUUACAUUCAUUAAUUUAAUGUAGUUGUUCGUUGAAAAGAGGUAACCAACUCAAAACAAAUGAGCGUAAGGCAAACAAAACAAAGCUGAUAAGCGCUCGCUUAGACUGG